AUGGCCCCUCUCAAGUUAAAACGCACAACUCUGUCGCAGAUUCUGGCGGCAGGUAAGGCGCAGGUCAAGGUUCCGACCUACCAGCGCGGUGGCGCUGUCAAGGAGGGGAUCGUCCAUGUCGGCGUCGGCGGCUUCCACCGAGCCCAUCUGGCUGUCUACGUCGACCAGUUGAUGGAGAAACACGGGGUCAGGGACUAUGCAAUCUGCGGUGUUGGCUUGCAGCCCUUUGAUGCUGUCAUGCGCGACGCCCUGGGGUCGCAGGACCACAUGUACACCGUCAUUGAGCGGUCGGCCAAGGGAAGCUUUGCCCACGUUGUGGGCAGCAUCAACUCCUACCUCUUUGCCCCCGAUGACCGCGAGGCUGUCAUUGCCAAAAUGGCGCACCCGGAUACGCACAUUGUGUCGCUGACCAUCACGGAGAGCGGGUACUACUACAACGAGAACACACACGAGCUGCAAAGCGAGCACCCGGACAUCCAGUUCGAUCUCGACCCGGCCAACGAGCAGACCCCGCGCACCACGUUCGGCUUCCUCUACGCCGCCCUGGCUCGACGCCGGCAGCAGGGCCUCAAGCCCUUCACCGUCAUGUCCUGCGACAACAUGCAGAAGAACGGCUCGAUCACCCGCCACAUGCUCGAGUCGUUUGCGCGCCUGCGCAGCCCGGAGGUCGCCGCGUGGAUCACCGAGCAGGGGGCCUUCCCCAACGCCAUGGUCGACCGUAUCACCCCUCAGACAUCCGCCACCGACAAGGAGGCCCUGGCAGACAACUUUGACAUCGAGGACGCGUGGCCGGUCGUCACAGAGCCCUUCAUGCAGUGGGUCAUCGAGGACCAGUUCUCCGACGGCCGCCCGCCCUUUGAAAAAGUCGGGGUCCAGGUUGUCAAGAACGUGCACGCCGUCGAGCAGUUCGAGAAGCACAAGCUGCGCCUGCUCAACGGCAGCCACUCGGCCCUGGGCUACCCGGGCCAGCUGGCAGGCUUCAAGUACGUGCAUGAGGUGAUGGAGAACCCCCUCUUCCGCAAGUUUGUGUGGCAGAUGAUGCAGGAGGAGGUGAAGCCGCUGCUGCCGGAGAUCCCGGGCGUCGACAUCGACGAGUACUGCAACACGCUCAUCGAGCGCUUCUCCAAUCCCACCAUCAUGGACCAGCUGCCCCGCAUCUGCCUCAACGCCUCGGGCAAGAUCCCCCAGUUCAUCAUGCCGUCCAUUGCCGAGGCGAUCUGGGUGUCGGGCCCCUUCCGCCGUCUGUGCUUCGUCGCUGCCGCCUGGUUCCAUUACAUCAACGGCGUCGACGACGCAGGCAAGCCCUUCCAGGUCGACGACCCUAUGCGUGAGGAACUCCAGGCCAAGGCUCGCGCGGGGGGUACCAACCCGGCCGAGAUCCUCAGCAUCAAGACCCUCUUCGGCGAUGACCUGCGCAAAGACAAGCGCUUUCUCCAGGAGAUCACCGCCGCCAUGGAGCAGAUUGCCCAGGACGGUAUCCUCAAGACCCUCCCGAAGUACAUUGACUAAAGUUUUUUCAAGCUGCUGGUUUAGCCGGGGUGGGGAAAAAGCGAGCAAUUUUUUUUUUCUUUUAUAAAUACAUAGAGAUAGAUGAGGUAGAAAAAAAAUCUCUUAUUUAAUGUUACUGC